AAAAAAUUGGGAACCGAAAUCAUUCUUUCCUUGGCAUUAGAGAACAAAGUGCAAAGAAAAGAAUAAUUAAAUACCGCUUUCAGUAAAGCGGUUAAAAAAAAGAAAGCCAGAAGUUAUGGAUGAAGAAGAAUAUAGAAAUUUCUCACUUCUCCUCCAACGCCUUUUUCACCUCCAUAAUCAUAAACACCCCACGAAGCACCAUUGUUGCAAUUUGCCACUCUGUUCCUCAUUAUUACUGUUGGCCCUGUUGUCAUUCUCUGGAUUUAGUGCUAUUUAAUAUUUAUUACAUGGGUUGUUGAAGAAAAGCUCGAAAAAUGGAUACUUUGAUCCUGAAGAUCAGACUAAUGUUGCUUACUUGGCUUCACCUCCGAUCUCAACCCGGUUCUGUGUAUUUUGUAAAAUGCUUCUCCUAUAGAGAGAUAAAGAAGGCCACUGAUGGAUUCAAGAGGAUCCUUGAAAACUCUUCCAAGGGUACUACUUACAGAGCCAAAUUCCAAAAUGGACAAGCUGCCACUAUUAAAGAAAUUAGAGCAUAUGAUGAUCUUGAUGACGAGGCAUUCUAUGGAAAUGUUCAACUGCUGGGGCACUUGCACCAUCGCCAUAUUGCUUCUCUAAGUGGAUAUUCCAGAGGACACAAGAGGUUCCUGAUAUAUGAAGAUUGUGAGAGAGGAAGUCUGAAGGAUCACCUUUCAGAUCCUCUGAAGACUCCCUUGAAUUGGAGAACACGACUACAAAUAGCUGUUGGUAUCGCUGCUGCUCUGGAAUACUUGCAUUUUUUCUGUGACCCACCAGUAUAUCAUGUCUCCAUCAGCUCAAGUACCAUAAUGCUUGACGAGAAUUUGAUCGCGAAGCUCUCUGAUGUUAGCCUUUUGUCAUCUGCUGCAAGUGAAAAAACACAGCCAAACUCUGAAGAAGGAUCCUCAAGGCAAAGUUGUAAUGACUCGAUCUUUCAGCUUGGUUUGCUAAUCUUGGAGCUUAUUACUGGUCAAUCCUCAGAUAAUGGGGGAGUCGACCUGGUUCAGUGGGUCCAAGAAGCUCUUGUCCCUAGAUCAAUCAACAAGAUGAUUGAUCCGGAUCUUGGUAGCAGUUAUAAUCCCAAAGAACUCAAAGGUCUUUUAUCGGUUGCAAGAUUGUGUAUAGAAGCUUUAGAUAAACCACCUAGUUACCCUUCUCAGGUUCUUCGAUAUCUUAGGACAAAAGUAGCCACAAUUAGAACGUGACAUUAACACAGACAAUGUAAAACAAUCAACAAUUAGAAACCAGACCUAGAUGAGGUUUAAUUUGUAGUAGGAAGGAUUUAUAGCUACUAGGUAGUGGCGUAUCUCAUUCAGCAGUUUUGAUAUUGUCAGGUGGAGAUACCUGCUACUUAGGUAAUGUGCCUAUUCUAGCAUUUAGGAUUAUUCAUCCUGAACAGCCUGAGACGAUUUUGACUGUAAGAUUAUUGUAAAAGACAGAUUCAUUUUCAUUAUAUUUAUAUAACUCAUUGAGCGACUAACG